AUGGUUUUUGCUAGGAAACAAAAGUCCUAUAAAUAAUGAUAAUACAUUCUCAUAGGUUUAUCAAUGUCAUUCUGGUAACUGAUAAUACCAUUCCAAUAACUUGUUGUGUACUCUAAAUGUCUUUAUAUUGUUCCAUGUUAGGUGCUAACAUACCACAUAUAUUGAAACUUGGAAAGAGAAUUAACUACUUCAAGUUCACCCAUUUAGAACCAAAAGCUACUCCAUGCUUCUUGUCCCUCCAUCAUAAUAAGAACCUCUCAAGCCACGUCGGUUUCGUGUCGAAAUUCGAACAAAAUUAUUCGCCUCCCUUGAAAAAGGAGGACAAACAAAUGGUUGAUCUUGUGACACCGUCAGAGGAAUAUUCCAAAGAAUUGGACGUUGCUGUCAGAGCAGUGCAGAUGGCUUGCUCUCUAAGUAAGAAAGUGCGACACGCUUUGAUUUCCAAGCCUAGUAGCAAUGAUCAGGUACAAUCUAAGGAUUGUAGUUCUCCGGUCGCCGUUGCAGGUUGGUGUGUCAAAGCAAUUGUCAGCUGUAUAUUGUCUGCAUAUUUAGGAGGUGAAAAUAUCUCGAUUCUAGCCGAAGACGAUGAUGUUCAUACUCUCUCCAACACUAAUGCAUCUGAGCUGCUAGAACCUGUGGUGAAAAUUGUGAAUGAAUGUCUAUCUGAAGCGCCGCAAUUUGGAUUUGAAGCAGUAAAACUAAAAUCACCUCUUGGAACUUCAGAGGUUCUUGAAAUCAUUAGUCGCUGCACCUCGAUUCGGGAUCCUUCUGGAAGGUUUUGGACAUUGGGAUUCGUAAGUGGUGAUCAAUAUGCUAUAGGUUUAUCGCUUAUAGAGGAUGCAGAAGUGGUGGUUGGUGUUCUUGGAUCUCCGAACUACCCUAUGAGAAAGGAUUGGUUUGGUUAUCAGAAAAGCUAUCAUAGAAUUAUAUCCAAGUUGAUUCCUUUAACAUCUGAAACAUGGAAUGAAGGUUGUGUGGUUUAUGCUAAGAAGGGUAGUGGCAAGGCUUGGAUUCAACCAUUGAUCCAUCAUGUGAAUAAGAAGUUUGUGUGGCCAAACCAUGCAAAAGAGGUUUCUGUCUCUUGUAUUGACAACCUAGGAUUGGCCACUUUGUGCCAAUCAGUUGAGAAGACUGAUGAUUCAAGUCACUCUUUUAUUGAUGGACUGGCUCAUAGUGUUGGUCUCAGUAAUAAGCCACUAAGAGUUUACAGCAUGGUGAAAUAUGCGGCAAUAGCUUGUGGGGACGCUGAGGCCUUCAUGCAAUUUGCAAGGAGUGGUCACAAGGAGAAAAUAUGGGAUCAUGCUGCUGGUGUUAUCAUCAUACAAGAGGCCGGAGGCACAGUAACAGAUAUUAAGGGACAUUCAUUGGACUUCUCCGAAGGCUCAUAUGUGGAAGGGAUCGAUCGCGGUAUAGUUGCUUGUGCCGGAUCCAUAUUACACGAAAAAAUCAUAGAUGCUGUUGACGCUAGUUGGUCCUCUUCCAGCCUUUGAGUUCAAACUUACUUUAUAAUAAUCUACAUGUAUAUGUAAACACGUUAUGAUCUUGUGAAUUACGUAUGUUUGAGCUUUCGUGUUCUGUUUUACUGCAAACAGCAUUGUAUAAACCACUUGGUGUAACUAUUUGUGUGUGUGUAAAUUGUAACAUUGCAGCAGUUGUUCAUAUUUCAA